AUGCCGGCUGCGAGGAGUCUUGACUCCCUUCCCUUUGACAUCUUUUAUGAAAUCGCUACAUCGCUGGACGACCGUGAUUUUAUCAAUCUGAGUCGUACCAACCGUGCCCUUCGUGAUCUUGCCCAGAGUGACCUCGUCGCCCGGAAAACUGUAGAGAACGUUCUCCUUUUCAGCAAAGAGGGACAAUCAGCCUUGAAUCAGGCUGGUUAUACCUAUCGCAAGGCUGUUGGGCAUCGGUUUGACAUUCAUGAAGCGGUCGCUACAGCUGCGCCGUAUUCUGUUUCAGUCUUAGCCUAUGGGGCCGACUUUCUCUACAAUCAAGGGAUCCUAUGCUACCGAGUGGGGCACGAUAUCCGUCUGCUGGACGUGCAUGCUGGGGGUAAGCAGGAACGUGUCUUGAACUUAUUAGUCCUUUUUCGCCGCUUGACUGAACCGCUGGGCGCGGAUGCAGUGGAUCGGGUAUCGUUGCUGCGAUAUGCAGAUGAAAUCCUCGUAUUUCGGGUUGAUACCGACGAUGAUCAGGAUGACUUAUUGUUAGCCAUCGAUAUGACCGCCCGUCUUCAUAACCCCAGAAAGGGCCGCCUGCUACUCAGGAAGUGGAUCCCUGCAGGGGCGCGGGUCUUUGUUCGGCACAGCCGCACCUAUAUUUGGUACGGCCUAUUUACAGCCGUUGGUGGCUCAGAUGGCGUAUGGACCGUCUACGGGGUAGAUAUGACUUCCAACACUUCCGACCCUAUUAAACCUACUCUUACGCAAGUCGGCGAUGGCGAUCUUGGCCAAUCUGUCUGUUUUGAGAUGUACAAUGAGCAUCUCUAUGCGGUAUCUACCCAAGUCACUUCAGACGAGGAUGAAAGAUACUCCUCGUUCUAUCAUUGGUCCUGCUAUGCUCCGCGCCACAAUCGUCGUAAGUGGAGUGGACGUAUAUGGCGUCGCGAGCACUGCGAAGGUCCUAUUAAUGAGCUUUGGACCGAUCUUUCAAUCUGCACCGACGAAGCAACCGGCCGACCGGUCAUCUUAGAAUGCCGACGCGAGUAUGCCGACGGCAAAAGUGAAAAUCACCGUACCUACUAUACUACACCUCUCCGAACACCAGAACAAUAUCUCGCAAUGCACGGCGAGGGGGACAUAACAUCACCUCCACGAUCAGACGACUCGGACUCGGACUCGACCCCUGAAUGUCAAGAAUCAACCCGUGACCAUAACGAGCACCGACCCGAAAAGCGUUUACGCCGCGACUACCAUGCUGAGUACGAAUCCACGCACGACGCAACAGAAAGACAAGAAUUCAUCGCCGCACGCACAAAGCACCGCAGUUACAACCUCGCCGCAUCCACCUUCAUCGACCUCGUUAACGAUCCAGCCCUACAAUCGGACGGCUUCCGAUCCCAAGACCGGCUCCGCCUCCGCACCGUGUCCCGAAAACGCAAAUGUCCCAUCGACGAAGAAGGCACAGGACUCCUACACCGACCCACACAAUAUAAUGAAGACGGCACACCAGUCGAAGGCUCAGAAGAACGAUACGUGUCUCGCGGAGUCUACAUGUGGCCUCCAGAUGACGCACCAGCUGAACUACGCCGCCUCCUCUGCCCAGAUUCACGAAUAAACGCAUUUCGCGCGAUCUCGGACGAGCGCUCUCUUAUCUACUCUGUACGGUGUGCAGAUGUGCCAGCUGGAAACCAGGCUUUGAUAUUGAUAAGUUUUGAUCCACAAAUUCACUUCCCCAUGUUGUCGUCAUUGCGUACUAUGAAGGCGCCCGUACCCGAUAAAAUAUUCUCUGUUGAGGCGCAGGCUGAAGUGCCGAGUGCGUCGCUGGUUCGAAAAGAUAAGCCUCUUUAUGAGGCUAUCAAAUGGGGAUAUUGGCUACGAUAG